AUGAUCAGAUGCCUCUCCACACAUUCAUUCCUCUCUUCAACAAUCAUUUUUCCUCUUGGAAGAACCACCGUACUACUUUCAAAAGUGUGUAAAGAUUAUCCCUUUUUACAUUUGCGCAACUGGGUUAGAGCUAGAAUUCCUCUUUGUACAAGGACAGUGUCAGCUUUCAUGAGUUCAAAAUCUGGAAUGGAGCAAGUAUUGGUUGAGAAUGAAGUGCAACAGGUUCAGUUGCUUGAUUCAGUCAAUGAUGACCAUGGAGGUGUCAUUGUGGAAUUGAGUGAGACUAUGGAUUUAAAUGUGUUUGCUUCAAUGCUUAAAGCAUCAAUUGCUUCAUGGAGAAGCCAGGGUAAGAGGGGAGUCUGGAUCAAAGUACCUAUUGAACUGGUCAAUCUUGUAGAUGCUGCUGUCAAGGAAGGGUUCUGGUUCCACCAUGCAGAGCCAAAAUACUUAAUGCUUGCCUUCUGGAUCCCUGAAGGUGCUCAUACUCUUCCAGCGAAUGCCUCUCAUCGAGUGGGUGUCGGUGCAUUUGUCAUGAACAAAAAGAGAGAGGUGCUUGUGGUUCAAGAGAAAAGUGGCAUAUUUCGAGGAUCGGGUGUGUGGAAGUUCCCUACUGGAGUUGUGGAUGAGGGAGAAGACAUAUGUGCAGCUGCAAUGAGAGAAGUCAAAGAAGAGACAGCGAUUGAUACAGAAUUUGUGGAAGUACUAGCAUUCAGGCAAAGCCACAAGUCAUUCUUUGAGAAAUCAGAUUUAUUCUUUGUAUGCAUGUUGCAACCCCUCUCCUUUGACAUCGAGAAGCAGGAAUCAGAAAUAGAGGAUGCCCAGUGGAUGCCAUGGGAUGAAUAUGUAGCACAGCCUUUCGUCCAAAAUCACGAACUUAUGAAGCACUUAGUAGACAUAUGCGAAGCAAAAGAAGACGGGACCUAUGUCGGGUUUUCUCCGGUGCCCAUUACAUCAAAAUUUAGAGAUCAAAAAGGUUAUCUGUACCUGAAUGAUCGAGAUCUGAAAGGGAGUAAGGUCUGA